AAUUCUGGAGUAUCAGUUGAUCAAGUACAUCAAACAAAAUGUUCAAAUUGUGUGUUUUUGCCGCCAUCCUUGCUUUCGCCGUUGCAGCCCCAGCACCUGAAGCUAAGGCUGAUCCAAAACCAGCGGCUGACCCCAGUUUGUUAGCUGCUGCCUAUACUGCCCCACUCGUAGCUGCUCCUGUUGCUUAUACUUCUGCCUAUACUGCACCUUUGGCCUACUCUAGUUACAUCGCUCCAUCUGUGUAUGCUGCUGGAUACCCUGCUUUCUCGCCUUACACUGCACCUUACGUGGUUGUGUAAGAUGCUUCGUUGUAAUUUCUGAUGAUUUGUUUCAAUAAAUUUUUUUUCCCGUUUCA